GUCCUCCGAUGACCUUUUCUUUCUUCCUUCCUUUUAAACUUCCCUAGGACUUUCCCUUUCACACCUGCAAUCACGGCUAAAACUCGAAACAUGAAUUUGAAGAAACUGUAACUGUGAUUUUAUGUAAUCAAGUGGAAGGAGCUACUCAUCUCGGUGUCCUGUAGCAAGGGAGUCUGAGAUUCGGUUUGUACUAUCUCCAGGUACAAAGUGGUGGUGGCUUUUCUUCUGGGGGAGAACAGAUCCAGAGGUUUUGGGUUUGGUCUUGUGGUGAACUUUUCUUUCUCCCCAACAACCCUCUUAACUGUCUCAAUUCACAUUGGCUCUGAGAUCAUGAAUCUCAGUUCCAUUGUUUCUUUUCUGUAAAAAUUUCCAUAUUGAUUUGGUCACCAAACGAUGUCGUUGAGAUGAUGCAUCAUUGGGAGAAAGCAUGAGUUCCGGAAGCAGCGGUCUUCGUUUGUGGUGGAGAUUUACUGCUUUCCUUCUUCUUCUGGGUCGGUCACUUGGGCUCACUACUGACGGAAUUCUUCUACUUUCCUUCAAGUACUCUGUUCUCAGUGACCCUCUAUCAGUGUUGGGGAGCUGGAACUACGACGACGACACGCCCUGCUCAUGGAACGGAGUUAUGUGCACAGGAAUCGCGACUGCUAGUAUGGGCGAUGCGCUUCGAGUAAUCAGUUUGGCUCUCCCAAACAGUCAGCUUCUGGGUUCUGUUCCGCCUGACCUGGGUAUGAUCGAACACCUUCGGCAUCUCGAUCUCUCCAAUAAUUCACUCAAUGGGACACUACCGGCCUCGCUGUUCAACGUUUCCGAGCUUCAAUCACUCGCACUCUCCAACAAUGUCAUUUCUGGUUCGUUGCCGGAGUCCGUCGCUGGACUCAAGAGCCUUGAAUUUCUCAACUUAUCCGGCAAUGCCUUGUCGGGAUUGAUCCCUGACAAUCUCACUACUCUUCCCAAUCUCACCGUUCUCUCCCUCAGCAACAAUUACUUCUCUGGCGGUGUGCCCAGCGGGUUUCAAGCUCUAGAAGUUCUUGAUCUGUCGUCUAACCUCAUUGACGGAUCGUUGCCUGCAGAAUUCUGUGGAGAUAAACUCUGGUACUUCAAUCUCUCCUACAAUAGACUCUCUGGAGCGAUACCGCCAGGUUUUGGGAAGGGAAUACCAGCUAAUGCUACUCUUGACCUAUCUUUCAAUAAUCUAAGCGGGAAAAUCCCAGAAUACAGAGCCUUUUUUGAUCAGAAGAUGGAGUCUUUUGCCGGGAACCCUGAUUUAUGUGGGAAACCGCUAAAGAAACUGUGUUCAACUCCUUCUACGCCCUCCACUGCCCCAAAUGUCUCCAAUGCCACCUCUCCGGCAAUUGCAGUGAUGCCCAAGACCAUAGACUCAACCCCUGUAACUGGGUCAGCCGGGAAUGCGACAAAUGGUAUUCAAGGCACUCAACAACAGCAGGGGCAGAGCGGGCUUAGACCAGAAGCGAUAGUGGGCAUCGUUGUAGGGGAUUUGGCGGGAAUAGGGAUACUGUCAAUGAUUUUGCUGUAUGUGUACCAAUUGAUGAAGAAAAGGAAGGCGAGCAUCACAGGCGCUGGAGAGAAGAAAGCGUUAGAAAUGGAAGGAGAAGAGGACCGGUCAUCGACGGAAGGGCUAGGCUGGUCAUGUUUGAGAAAAAAAGGCAUUAGUGAUGAAGACACUUCGCAAACAACGGGUAGUGAAGAGGACGAAGAGGAGCAAGUGAACUACGAUGAGCAACAGAAGAUGCAGCAGAAAAGAGGGUUUCUUGUGACGGUGGAUGGAGAAACGGAUCUGGAACUGGAGACUCUACUGAAAUCUUCGGCUUACAUACUGGGAGCUACAGGGUCAAGCAUUGUGUACAAGGCGGUGCUGGAAGACGGGACGACGCUGGCGGUGAGGAGGAUAGGAGAUAGCGGUCUUGAGAAGUUCAAGGACUUCGACAAUCAGGUCAGGCAAAUCGCCAAACUCCGCCACCCUAACCUAGUCCGCAUCAGAGGCUUCUUCUGGGGUUCCGACGAGAAGCUCAUCAUCUACGACUACGUCCCUAACGGAAGCCUCGCCAACGCCUGUUCCAGAAAACCGGGUUCGUCACCGUAUCAGUUACCGUGGGAGGUGAGGCUUAAGAUAGCAAGAGGAGUGGGAAGAGGGCUAACGUAUCUCCAUGAGAAGAAACACGUCCAUGGGAAUCUGAAGCCCAGUAACAUCCUCUUGGGUGCAGACAUGGAGCCUAUGAUCGGGAAUUUCGGGUUGGAGAGGCUGGUGUGGGUAGGAGAUAACAGCUACAAAGCGGGUGGGUCGGAUAGACAUUUCGGGAUUGGGAGCAAGAGGUCCACACAAGAGCAGCAGGGGCCAGGGGCUAGCCCCAGCACCAGCUCCCUUGGUGGCACCUCCCAAUACAUGGCGCCCGAGUCCCCAAAGAACCUAAAGCCCAACCCCAAGUGGGAUGUCUACUCAUUCGGUGUCAUCUUGCUGGAGCUGCUCACUGGGAAGAUGCUCUCGGAAAGGGAGUUGGUUCAGUGGAACACUGGGUCGUCUGUGGCAGUAGAAGAUAGUAAUCGGGUGCUCCGGAUGGCUGAUGUGGCUAUUCGAGCUGACGUGGAAGUUCUGCUGGCAUGUUUUAAGCUGGGGUUUGCUUGUACGUCCAUGCUACCUCAAAAGAGACCCUCCAUGAAGGAAGUGCUCCAAGUGCUCGACAAAAUACCUUCCUCCUCACAUAAUCAUCUUCUUCAUUACUAAUUAAGAAAGAAAGAUAACGAGGAAAGGUAAUGUUGAUGUGUUUUUUCCCGUGUUUCUUCUAAUUUUUUUUAACUUCAGAGAGUUUUACUAAUUGAUCACUCAAUAGCAGCAGUGAGGGAGUGGACAGAGAGAGAAAGGGUGGAAUAGGAUUGAUUUUGGAAUAAAAGAAUCUGGCCCUCCAUUUUUUUGGGUUAA